AUGUCUUUAAAGGAUACAGUGCGCAAUCUUGAGAAAAAUAUAAUUAAUCCAACUAAUAAACUCUCUAUCCAGAUUGAUAAUAAAGCACCCGUAACUUAUGAUAGACUUAACCAAGAGUCAACACUUAAAGAGGUGCGAGAACAACUAUCAAACUCUGAGGAACAAAUUAGCAUUUAUGAAUAUAUGAACUUUGUUGGUCCGUAUGGAAUAAUUUUACGUGAUGAAGAAAGCAAUGAAUUAUUGAGAGAAAACUUGCAUGAUGGAUAUGUUUUAAAGAUUGAAAGGUCAAUUGAUCCCAAUAUUAAUGAUACUACACAUAGAUGUAAGCUAAAUUAUGGAAUAAGAAUGACAGAGGAUGGGCCUAAAAAUGUUAAUGAGUUGGCAUUUGAAUUUUCUCAAGAUAUUACUCAAAGCGUUAAAUUGAGGAAAUUUUACGCUGAAUAUAAAUAUGAAGGGACAUGUAUAAGUAAACAUGAGAAUUUCUUGCGCAAAAAUUUAGUGGCAGAAGGGAAAAUCUCAAUAGCUAUGCCAUCACAUUUAUCAGUUGGUUUUACAAUUUCGCAUGGUAGUCAAACUAAUGAUUCAAAUAACAGAGAAUUUUCUUCUAAAUAUAAUAUAAGAUUAUUUUCAAGGUACGAGAUAGAAAUUGAUAUUAAGAAAGUACAACCAACCGAAAUUUUUAUGCAGGAGGUAAAUUCUGCUUUGCAAAGUAAUAAUCCUGUAAAUGAACUCAAAAGAGUGUGCGAAAAAUUUGGAGAAUGUAUAGCUAGCAAAGUUAAAAUCGGCGGAAGAAUACACAAAAUCGAAUAUUACAAUAUGUCAAGCUCGUCACAACAAAUUUCAACAAAUACGUCCGCCAGUGGAAAUAUCGGAUCGACUAUUGUUGGUAGCAUAGGAGGUAAUUAUAGUAAUGUAAAUGGACACAACACAUCUUCAUCUAUGUCAAAUAAUGAAACAUGCAUUCGUUUUUAUGGAGGAGACGAAAAUAAAUUUAAAGAAGAUAACAUAGCCUUAUGGCAAGAUUCUUUAGAUGACUAUACCACCUGGCAAGUUAUUGAAUAUACUGAAUUUAUUCCAAUAUUCGAUGUUCUAAACUCAGAACUUCGUCAACAAGUUCUUGAAGCAAUGGGGAAAAAAGUUCUUUAUAGUAAAAUAGACUCAGUUGAUGUUGUCAUGUCACCAUCUAAAUUUUCAUAUGAGCAUAAACUAAGCAUGCCAUCAGAUCUAAGCUAUGUUGAUCUAAAAGAGUGCCAAAUUUUUGCAUCCGUUAUGAAUGCUACGAAUAAGAAUAAGAAUAAAAAUAAAAAAGUAUUUUCUACACGUAUUGUCUUAUAUACAUCAAAUAAUUCUGCUAGCGUAGUUCUUCAUCGGAUCCAUAAAAGAUCAAAGAAAUCAAAGAAAAAAAAGGACAAGGUUUUUAACCUGCAAAUAGGAUGGGUUAUUGUUGGCAAACCAGCAGAUUUUAAAUAUGAAGAUUGUAAUUUCCGCAUCAUCAAUAGCAAAAAAGAGUCUGCCCCACAUAAUGGCCACCAAAUUAACAUUUAUGACCAAUUUCAGAAAAAUCAUAGUAUUUUGGUAGCAUGCGCACAACAAGCACCACAGCAAGAUAUAAUCCAUCCAACAGACUCAAUGUUAGUGACAGGUGUUCAUUUUUCAUGUCUUAAUGAUUCUCAAUUAAAAGCAUGUUUUUUUAUAUACGAUCUUGAAACGGAAACUUUGCAUAAGAAAAAUUUGGAAGGAAAAUUGACUGACCUUUUUAUUAAUUGCAGCAUUAUUUCGAUCACUCAAGACAAUUAUUUAAAAUUGAACAGAGAAAAAAGUUUUUUGAAUGGUUUUACUAAUAAAUCUACAGUUUUUUAUAAUGCACAGACGAAACCUCUAUGGACAUGUCAUGAGCCAACAUUCGUUAGCCUUUUUCAUGAAAAUUGUCCAGAUUGUAGCGCAGGAUUUGCGAAUAUUGCACCUGAUUAUUUGAUCUUCAAUUCUUUAGGUUUAGGUAGAGUCCAUGAGUGUCUACAAAUUUCUUACUUCAGCGCACCUCUCUCUCCAUCAUAA